AUGUUUCAAUCUUCUACCGCAAAACAAAACUCUUUGCACAAAACAAGCGCCAGUCCUCACCCACACAGGAUUAGGGUUCCUGUGCCGCCGCCGCGCUCCUCGACCUCCUACUGUCUUCCCCUCUCUUCCCUCCAAGAUUGCCGUCAGCAAAGAGGCAUACGACGCUACCAUGGCCAUUCUCGAUCACCUGUACGGGGCUGCGACGACCCUUCUCAAUCAUCUCCAGGAACCGCCACGCUCGACGAUCUCCUGCAGGUGGUCCUGCACCGGCUCCCGCCCGCGGACGUCGCGCGGGCGACCUGCUUCUACCGCCUCUGGCGCGCCGUCGCCUCCGACCGCGCCGUGCUGGAGGCCGCCUUCCACGCGCCCUGGGGCAUGCGCCGCGUCCUCGGCGACCCGACCACCAGGGCCUUCUGGCGCGCCGCAUCCCUCGCCCGCUUCGCGCUCUCGCACACCGUCCGGCGCGGGGACACCGUCCCCGGCGUCGCGCUCAAGUACUCCGUCCAGUCCUACUCGCCGGCCACCACUCCGGAUCACCAAGACACAAAGGAUGAUGUCGUUUCCGAUGUCUUGCCAGGCUGCUGUAUCUGAACAUUUGGAUCCCCUAUUUGGGUAAAAUCGUUUCCACUUUACAAGUUUCUUUCUACUUCAUUUGGUUAGUUAUCAUGGUGGUUAAUUUCUUCUUGUUUGUUUUUGUGAGCGGUGCAACUUCCUUGUGCAUGACAAAAUAAUUCUGUCCAAAUAAUUCGUUCUUUGAGCAAAGCAACUUCGUUGGGGAUGCCAAAAGAAGUUUCAGUUUUCUUACUAAUUCACCGCGAUUGGUAAGGAUAGAACAAUGAGAGUUUUCCUUAUCUUGAUUUUGUACUGAACAUAAUCAUUUAUGGAAGGCCUUCAAAUAGUUCUAUAUAGUAUAUCAACGAGGAACAUUAUGAAGCUCUUGGGGCGUUCUCUCUUAGUAUUACAAUCUAAAUCCUUGUUGUGUUUGUAAGAAAUUGUGUUAAACAUGGUUAUUAGCUUAUUGGAUCUUGAACAAACUGCAUUACAUGUGCAGUAAUUUUAGUGUCUAGACAUGCAUACUCUGUUAUGUUAGAUUUAGGAGAAAGAGUUAUUUUAUUCAUUCAUCCGUAUUUUUUGGCUAUAAUGCAAAUCUAUUUUUUAUCUAUUGAUCUUCUUUGCUUCAGUUGUGCUCUUGUUACUUUGUUUGUAAGUUAGCAUGACAGAAUUUUUCAUGCUAAAAUGAUUCAUGGUUGCAGGCUGCCGUGACACUAAACUGGCCCCCCCCCUAGAAACUGACAAAAAUUUACUUUUGCAGCUAUGUAGUCUUCUCAAAUCCAUGGUUUAAUCGCCUGAAUUUCUUGAGAAGCUUGACCCAUUCACAAGCAUGUAGCAUCAUGCGACACACAUGAAUAUAUCGGUCACACGUUCAUGCAACCAGCUGAUGCCAGACACAUAUGAAUCCGCCGCCCGUGCGUUGAUGGGGACGCCUCGCGUCUGGAUAGAGGCGACACACCUAGACGCCAUCCUGCCUCACGCACACACGAGCCAGAUCGGUCCAUCCUUCAUUCAGGUCCAUCUUUACAGUAGUUUUCGUACUUCACACUUUGGAAGCAAAAUCAUGUAAGUUAUCUAUUAGAGAUGGUGUACAAAUAAAAAUACAUGUUUAGAAAUCAGAUUCACCACAAAACAAACAAAUACAACAAAUCCAUCGUGAAUGAAGGAUUCUCUCAAAAUAAUUUUGUCGGCCUUUUUACUUGUUCCAACUUCCGAGCACCUAUUGAUGUGAAACCACGGCAACAUGAUAGGUGAUACUAAGUUAUGUUGCGAGAAAUGAAAUAGUUUGUGUCAACAAGAAGAGAAACUUCAUGCAGAUCCACGAGCUGGCCGGGGCAGCUUGGUUUCCUCCUACGUGUGCGGGGUCUGCACUGUAAUGUAUGUGUGUUACAAUGACAACGACGAGAAUGAGAAGGUUAACUUGGUUUUUAUUAGUUGUAGACAUAGUUUCAAAUAGCCGGCUAUAGCCCCGCUAUAGCCUUGCGAUAGCCUUUUCAGCAGGGUGCCGCUAAAUGGUAUCAUGUACAAAUAUGCCGCUAUAGCUGAUUUUCAGGCCUGCCGCUAUUUGCCAUAGCCCACUAUUUAAAACAUUUGCAGUGUCAUUGCCCUUGUUUCCUCUUAUGUUUCUAUGAUUAGAGUUUUGGACUGACGAUUUGCAGAGUAGUGGUGAGGAAUUGUUGUUAUGAUUUAUGAGGUCCAGUGCCGGUGACCAGAUAACUCUAGCAAGUGUUCAAAAUUCAUGUACAAACAGAACGACGGGUACCCCCCCCCCCCGCGUGCGCCCAAACUCACUUUGUAAUGUUGAUAUGAAGGCAUUGUUGUACUCUUUAUCUUCCAAUUUUGUGGCUUGAGAAGUAUGUGCAGUUUUACUUUCCUCUCUUUUAAUUUCAGUUUAACCACUCAUAGGUUUGAAUAAGAAAUGCAUAGGGCACAUGGAAAUGUUAUGAUAUAUUUCAGAGAUUGUGUUUUGGGCCACAAGUUGACAAACAUCUAGCACUUUGUGAACAAUGUCCAUAGAACGAUGGGGUUGCGAUGGCCUGGAGAUGAAGGUACGGUGGUGUCCUGACCAUGAGAGCAUAACAAUGGUGGCCUGAAUAUUAUGCUUAGUGAAGUCAUUUUUUCACCAUUCACCAAUCUGAAAUUAGUUAUUCAGACAAAGUAAGUUUCUGGCAAAGCAUACUUCAUAGUUAUAUUCGACUAAAAUUUUCUUCAGUUUUUUGUUCUAUCUAAUUGACACUUUUUUUGUAUGUACAGAGUUUAUGGUAGAGAGACCUUUGUUUGUACUGACUAUUGAAUUUUGUCCUUUAUAUUUCCAAACUCUUUUGUUAUGUUCUUUACUCUCGAGUCCAUACUUUCAAGAUUUUUUGUUCUUCCAGGAUUUCAGAGAGUAUGGACCACCGUAUGGCUAAAGGAGAUGUAAUUCUUGACUGUCGUUGUCCUUGCUGUGUUGCUGCCAUUUUCCUGGCGGUAAUCUGUGCAGUGCGGAGACUUGAGUGUGACCACUGUAGAGCAUGCCUUGUGAUCAAUUGUUCACUUGUUGAGAUAUUUUUCUCCACGCCCGUUUUGUCGCUCUAAUUUCUGAUUUUAGCUACGUAGGAGUUUUGAUGAAUUUAAUCUUCUCCGCCGUGCGUUCUGAGGGCAGAAUUACAUGGUAGUUUCCAACGCUGGUUGGCAAGAAAAAAGUUAUGUGGUGAUUUUGAGAUAUUUUUCUCCUACCCGUUUUGUCGCUCAAAUUUCUGAUUUUAUCUAUGUAUGAGUUUUUAUGAAUUUACUCUUCUCCGCCGUGCAUUCUGAGGGCAGAAUUACAUGGUAGUUCUCCAACGCUGCUUGGCAAGAAAAUAAUUAUCUCGUGAUUGCUCUUCUCAACUGACAUGUUAUGAUAUUUUUGUGCACCAUGUUUUGUCGAUUCACCUAAUGCAGGCAGUAGUCAAUUAUUAGGUAAUAUGUUUCCUGAAGGAGGAGAACGUAAAUUUAACGUGUGUACUAUUUUUAUUCAUUGCUCAAAAGGUUUAGCUAUAAACUACAAUUUGUUCAAGGCGGGGUACCAUAAAUUGGAUGGUAUUGCAUUUAAUUUAAUUCAGUUUAAAGAACAAUGUUUAGUGUCAAACUUCUAUUAUUUUUUCCUGUGCUUUGUACAAGAUUACUAAUUAAAGAACAAACUCCGUGCAGAAUUAUAAGAUGUUCUAACGUUUUUUUGAUUCAGAUGUAUAUAGAUGCAUUUUAGUGUGCUUGUUCACUCAUUUCUAUAUGUAUGUAGUCUAUAUUGAAAUAUCUAAAAUACCUUACAAUUGUGACGGAGGGUACUAUACUCGCAUAUGCACCAGAUAGAGUCACCUCCGCCAAGUCCGAUGUGCCUGCCAAGAAGAUGGGGUUCCAACAUGGCCGACAUGUUGCGAGCAAAAACCUGGGCAUGCACGACUAUCCUCCUUCAGGGUGCCUUGAUUUUUGGCCAGUUUAGUAAAGAAAUUCAAGCUUUCAAGGUGGUCGUCGAGCAUGUAAAAAGGUAACAAAGAAAAAUGCUGAGAAGUGAUACAUCAUUGUCAGUGUUAAGUUCAUACAAUGCAAAGUACAAAACACAGGACAUGCACUCAAAUAGAAUUGGUAUCAAGAUAUUCAGAAGACAUGGAUCCAUCACUCGCUACUUGUUCAUUCACUUGCUCAUGAACUCGCUGGUCCGCCUGAAGCGACUAGAAGACAUGGAUCCAUCAAGGAAGAUUAGAGGAAGACCAUCGAAAGGAGGAUGCAUAAGGUAGUGGUAGCAGCACGUAGCCUUCUAAUCCAGCAUCGUUCAUAACAAGAUUUUUUUGUUGCGAGAGCAUAAAAAGCUGAUGUUGGAAGUUCCAGCGAGUGACUUUGCUAGCAAGAAUCGAGCAAGAGUGAACUAGCUUGUAGCAACACACAUAAGCAAUGAUAACUCGUGUGUAUUGUUCCUCCAUUGGUUAUUUUACAAUUGUAAACUCGGGAUAAUCUGUUCUUGCCUCUUCUCCAUAGAGAUUUUCUGCAAGUAAAUUGAUUUGACUGGUAA